UGAUGCAGAGUAGAAGUUGCUCACUGUCUCCGUCAAUCAUGACAAAGUUAACCUGCAUUCUGCUACUUUUAACACCGGUCAUCGUCAGAGGGUUUAGUUUUUUUGAUCCACCUCCGCCAACAGAUUGUCCCAAAGGAUGCAAAGGUGAACCCGGAGAAAAAGGAGCGGAUGGGCCAAAAGGGUCACCGGGAAUUCCGGGGACCCCAGGUACCCCGGGGACACCGGGGGAUAAAGGAGGGCCCGGGGAGAAGGGAGACAGAGGUGUACAGGGACUGUCUGGACUACCAGGUCCGAAAGGAGUUCCGGGGGAUAAAGGACAACCCGGAAGUAGGGGAGAGAAGGGGGAACCCGGAGACAAGGGACAUAAAGGAGAUACAGGGAAUCCUGGUCAGCCCGGGGAGAAAGGAGAUAAAGGGGACAAGGGGGAAAAGGGGGAUACCGGGAGUCAAGGGGAACAAGGGAGUCAAGGACUGGCCGGGUUACCCGGACAUGAUGGUACACCAGGUUCAGACGGAGUUUGUCCCACUGAGUGCACUGAGUGUGAGUGUGUAGGUCAACCGGGUAUUCCAGGCGAGAAAGGAGAGAAAGGUCAGCGUGGCCCACGAGGGGAGAGGGGUGGGGAAGGACCCCCUGGAGCACCGGGAACCCCCGGUCGUGUUGGAGAACCAGGAUUUCCGGGACGUUGUUCUAAAUCAUGUGAUUUUCAGUUCGUACGCUUAGUCAAAGUGUUGAGAAUAUUACACCAGAGAUUGAAGAAAUUGGAGUCUUGGAGAUUUGAUGGAGAUGAUGAUGAUGACAGGAGGCGUGACGCAGAUGAACCUUUCUAUCGUUUUCAAAGAGACUCUGAGAUAAAAACAAAUAUGGAGGACAACUUAUAAUUUAUCCCUGGCAUGUAUUCCUUUUGAUAGAAGGAUCUAGAUUUCUACAAGUGUAAUCCAUGCCAAUGCUUCUUUAAUGCUGGUGAAAUGUAUUUUGAUUUGACGCAAUAAAGAAAAUUCAGAUGAAUUAGUUAUACGAAAUUUAGUCAGAAGUUUAUCUUUUAACUGUUACCGAGUUCUAACCAAUAAAAAUGGGAAUAGAA